ACUUUUGUCCACUUCCAUUGUACUAUUCCUCACUUCAGAAUUUAAUUGACAUAUUUGAAUAUGUCACUAAACACGUUAAACAGCAGUACAGAACAGAUGACACCAGGUGAAACUUCAGACUCAGUGCGAAGCUCUGAGUCGGUAGAUCGCCAGGGCGGCCCUGGUACUUCGACUACUCCAGGACUCGGUUCGUGGACUUCGGCUUCGUCAUUACGUGGCCCACAAGUCAGUAGCGUUACAAACGUAAACCCAACACCUAUUUUGGUCGCUGAGUCGUCCCGAACAGCCCCUGCUAAUAUUGUCACCUCAACAGACUCUUGCCAGGGGGACCGGAGUUCCAGUACUGACAGAACGAGCGCAUCGAUCUUAACAUCUACUUUUAGCAGCUCUUUUGUUCGUGGCGUGGGAACCCCGAGAAUACGCCGGACCCCUGGCUCUUCUGGUGCUGCCACUUCACACCAUGUGCGGACGCCACAAACUGAACACACUGUGACCACCUGCUCCUCAGCAACCUCUGGCACUGCUGCCUCCGUGAUUGUGGCUGUGGUGGAGGGGCGAGGUCUGGCCCGUGGCGAGAUUGGAAUGACCAGCAUCGACUUGAAGUUCCCAGAGCUUGUUCUGUCUCAAUUCGCUGACACCGGGGCUUAUGCCAAGGUAAUCACCAAGCUGCAUAUUCUGGCACCCUUGGAGAUACUGAUGCCUGACACAGCCAGUGAGAAGGGAAAAGGGACCAAACUCUUCAGCCUCAUUAAUGAGAACUUCCAGAAUGUGUCCUUCACUGCCAUCCAGAGGAGGUAUUUCAAUGAGAGAAAAGGGCUGGAAUACAUUCAGCAGCUGUGUGCACCAGAGUUCGGCACAGUCCUCAUGGAGGUGCAAGCUAAGAGUGAGCACACUCUGCUGGGGGUGCUGAACUACACCCAGACUCCGGGAGGAGGGCGGAGGCUGCGCUCCAACAUCCUGGAGCCCCUGCUGGACGCCGACACCGUCAACAUCCGGCUGGACGCGGUGCAGGAGCUGCUGCAGAACGAGGAGCUCUUCUUCGGCAUGAAGAAGGUGAUCGGACACUUUCUGGACACAGACCAGUUGCUCUCAGUUCUAGUGCAGAUCCCCAAGCAGGAAACGGUUCAAGUGGCUGAGGCAAAGAUCAUGCACGUGAUUCAGCUGAAACACACACUGGAGUUAGUGGGACCACUGAAGGCAGUGCUGAAGAACUGCCAGACCGCCCUGCUGAAAGCCUACUACAACUCCCUGGAGGACACAAGGUUCGACCACAUCCUGCAGCAGAUCAAGACAGUGAUAAACGACGAUGUGAGUUACAUGAAGGGCAGCCUUAGCAUGCGCACACAGAAGUGCUACGCUGUGCGCCCCAACGUCAACGAGUUCCUGGACAUCGCCCGCCGCGCCUACACCGAGAUCGUGGACGACAUUUCAGGGCUGGUUGAUCAGAUGAGGGAGAGGUUCAGCCUGCCUCUGCGUACCAGCUUCAGCACCACGCGGGGCUUCUUCAUUCAGCUGAAGCUGGAGGGAGUGGCCCUGCCCCAGGGUCAGCUUCCGACAGAGUUCAUCAAGGUGACUAAGCACAAGAACAACUACAGCUUCACUGUAGCAGACCUGAUCAAGAUGAAUGACCGCUGCGAUGAGGCGCUGAGGGAGAUCUUCCACAUGUCUUACGUGGUGGUGUGUGAGCUUCUGAGCACGGUCCACGAACACGUGCACUGCCUUUACAAACUGUCAGACGCUGUCUCCAUGCUGGACAUGCUGCUAUCGCUGGCCAAUGCCUGCACCAUCUCCGACUACGUGCGCCCCGAGUUUACAGACACACUGGCAAUCAAGAACGGCCGACACCCAAUCCUGGAGCGGAUUUCCGGACAGCAGUCCGUCUCCAACAACAGCUACAUUUCUGAGGGCAGCAACUUCAUCAUCAUCACCGGGCCCAACAUGAGCGGAAAGUCCACCUACCUCAAGCAGGUGGCGCUGUGCCAGAUCAUGGCACAGAUAGGCUCCUUUGUGCCUGCCGAGUAUGCUUCUUUCCGCAUUGCUGACCAGAUUUUCACGAGGAUUGGGGUGGAUGAUGACUUUGAGACAAAUUCUUCCACGUUCAUGGUUGAAAUGAAGGAGAUUUCGUACAUAAUUCACAACGUGAGUGACAAGUCACUUAUCAUUAUCGACGAGUUGGGGCGGGGCACCAGUGCCGAGGAGGGCGUCGGUAUCUGUCACUCAGUCUGCGAGUUCCUCCUAAACUUCCGGGCCUUCACUCUGUUCGCUACUCACUUCCUGGAGCUGUGCCAGCUGGAGACUCUCUACCCCAACGUGGAGAACCAGCACAUGGAGGUCCAGCACACACGCUCCGCUGAGUCCGGCACAGAAAGCGUGGUCUACACGUAUCUGCUGAGUCGGGGCUGUUCAGAGGAGAGGAACUACGGUCUGAAGGCGGCAGAGAUGACUGCAUUACCACUGUCCAUAAUCCAGGAAGCUAAAGAGAUAGCCUCCAGUGUCAAUCAGCAGUUGUGGGCCAGACAGCACAGUGACCCUGAGACCCUGCGCCAACGGGCGGUCUACCGCCUAGCGACCCGCCUCCUGCAGACGGCCAGGAACUCCCGGCUGGACGCCGACAGCCUCCGCAUCUACCUGAAGGGUCUGAGGAGGCGGUACGAGGCGGAGCUGCAGACCGCCGACGCGGCAGCGUCCAUGGACACAGAGGAGUGAGCCAGGCGCAGAAGAGCUGAUGAAGAGCUAGCCUGCCAUCGGUCAGGACAAAAAGAAAGAGGGACAGGGGGACAGACGUUGUAGUAGCAUUAUGGUUUCCUCUGCUCAGAUGCACUGAACCCAGUUUGUUUCCUUUCCCAUGUCUGUAAAAGCCAAGAAGGUUCUCAACACUGCGUUUACGCAGUUACAUCUCAUAACGGAAUUAAGCUAAUGCUAUGAUUGGCCAUUGACAUUAAUAGGUCCAGGGUUUCUUCUGUAAGUUACCAGGUUAUGCUGUAAGUACACAUUAAAAGAGCAUACAUGUCACAA